AUGCUGGUGCUGUCAGCGUCCCAGGACAUGACUCUGCGCACCUGGAACUUGGAGACGGCGCAGCAAAUGGGCGAAGUGUCUCUUCGGAGUCCUUGGGACGGGAUCUCCGGGAAGGAAGAGAUUAUGUCAUACCCCACCCCUAGCAACUGCUUCGAGACGGUGUGCCGUCUCUGGCCUCCGGUGCGGCCGGGGGCGCCCCUGCUGGCCCAGGGCGCCACGUACCUGGAGCUGUGGACCGUGCGCCAGCUGCACCACCCCCUGGCCACCCUUAACUCGAGCGUGCAAGGCCUGGAACUGGCGCCUCCGCUGCCGCAGGCGGAGCGGCACUUGCUGCCGCAGCGAAUAGUGAGCAGGUGCGCCGACGGCACGGUGCGCGUCUUCUCCUCCGUCACCGGGCUGAUGAUCUCCACCCUGCUGCUGCAGCCCGGGGAGCUGGCCGCGGCCACGGCCUACUGCGUGCCCCGCGAGGUCCUGCUGGUGCUGAGCAACGAGGGCGCUUUGCUGCGCGCCAACGCCGCGCGCUGCCCCAUGCAGGUGGUGCGGCGCCUGCCGCCGCCGCCGCCGGGGGAGCCCCAGCCCUGCUGCCUGCACCUCAUCAGCCACGUUGUCGACCAGCUCCGGGCCUACAAUUCCUGGGAAGGCGUGCACACUCGUGGCGGGGAGCUCCGCAAGAAGAGCUGGCACGGCACCAAGUGGGAAGACAACAACAGGUCGGCGGCGCUGCUCCGGGAGCCCCAGGGCUUCGGAACGGGGGGGCGGGGCCGGGAGAAGCCCCGGAGCGGGAGAGGUGGUGACGUCCCUCCUCCGCACCGCAGGUUCUUGCCGGUGAUAGGCUACUCUGACGGCUCCAUCGCGGUCCUGGAUUGGGGCUCUUUCCGGACGCUGUCUCACAAAAUGGCUCACAGCCCAGGUUCCACGACUAACAUUGCUUCGUGUCCGCAGAGUCUGGUGACCGCCGGCACGGAUAAGACUGUGAAGAUGUGGCAGGUAUUUCCCUAUGCGGAAGACAGCCUGACCUUGCUUCGGACGUUUUUCUGCUACCAGUCGACGGUGGCAGUUUGCCCCCUGGGCUGUCGGGUCACUGUGGCCUUUGAGGACCCCUGCAGUGCCACUUACUCCCUGGUGCAGUACGGAACGGCUGGAUGCGAAGAGGCUCGCCACGACCAUGGCCCCCAUGAGGACCCCACAGAUCACAUCACAGGCUUGUGCUGUUGUCCUUACUUGAAGCUUUAUGCCUCCUCAAGCCUGGAUUGCACUUUGAGAAUCUGGACGGAGGACAAUAAAUUGCUCAGGAUAAUGCAUCUGAACAUGCCUCCACAGGCCAUCACCUUCUGCAAUGACAAGGGGGAUCUGAUCCUUGCCAUUGGCUCACAGCUGUGCUUUCUCUCCCACAAACUCUACCUGCCCACAAUAUAUCUGGUCAAGGUGCUGUGUCGGAAACUGCCUCACCCUAAAGAUGACCAACCCUUGUUGAUGUCAGAUCUGGAGCUACUGACUCCCGAAGAGCUGAAAAGGCUGAAAGGAUGGCAGGCUCUCCCUAGAGCCCGGAUGAAGCACAGUGUAAAGCAGGAGUAUAUCGAUGCAGAGAAGAAAGAACUGGAGAUCAAGGAGGCCUGUGCCAAAUUGGCCCUCAGGGAUCAGGAGCUUCAGGACCUGGCCCUGGGACAGGUGGAGCCCUUGGCCCAAAUCCUCAUCACUCCCCAGCUUCGUCUGAAGGCCUUCCACAACUACCUACAGGUCAUCUACGGCUCUCGGCUGGAUAGUGUGAGCAAAGAGGAAGAUGAGGCUCUACAAGAAGGUGCUUCAGGCGCCAUGGAAAGACGGCCUUUGACCUCGAUGGUGUCCCAGAGCUCCAUAUGUCAGAAUUGGGGGAUGAGCUUAGACGUCAUGUUUAUGCAAGGAGCCACCUCUACGAAGAGUUCCAGAGUGGAGAAGAUCCGGAAGAUAGCUCAAAUCCCAUUGAGCCAAAGGACUCUGCAGUCCUGUACAGAUGUCAGUGGCUUCUUCCCCUCCUCCAGAACUCUGCCUGUACUCCCUUCCACCAUAACCAAGGUGAGGAACCUCGGGUCCUAGUUCGAAGGACUUUUCCAGGAUUUAUCUCUUGUUGUUACUGUCCACACUAAGGGUUAUCUCCUUAGAGUGUUCUGGGUGGGCCUGGGGUUGGCCAGACAUCACAUGGUCAUAGAUUUGCUUUAGAUACAUUGGAAAGAAGCAUUGAAAUCAGCUGGGUCACCACCUGUCUUUACAAAUGAGGAAACUUGGGUGGAAAAGUGACCUGCUCAAAGUCACACAAGGAGCUGAAGCUAGUCAUUUACUAGAAAUUCCAGGUUCUCAACACCAUCCAGUCCCACUGCAUUUGGGGUUAAAUCAUUAGAUCAAAGCAGAACAAAGAGUCCAAAGGAGGCCCGAUGCGGCCCUGGGCUGAGAAUCUUGUCUACUGUGGCCCUGUGAGCAAGAGCCCACCUUGGAAAAGAAGGUAGACCAAUGGGGAAAGGGUGGGAAGAAUCAUAGAAUGUCAGAAUUGUAAAGGACCUUAAGAAGAAAUUUAGCCCAAUUCCCUUUAUUUUCCAAAUAAAGGAACCAAUGGCUAAGGGCAAACAGAAAAGGGGGGCUGAAGUUGGCCCUUGAGGGAAGGAACCCACAGGAAAAAAUGACCCUCAUUUUCAAGAAAGAAUCACCACUAAGGAAAUUGAUGGAGAAACUUAAGCUACACUUAGAUGAGAAACCCAGCCCUAACCCCACUAACUGGUAAAUGGGUUUUGGGGACUGACCUGGACAAGUUAUAAGCAGAGUAGGGUGGUGGAUUCAGUCCAAGUCAACAUGGCAGCCAAAGAAAGGCUAAAACUCUUGUAGGCUUUAACUGUAUUAGGAGGCAUUUGUCUUGGAGGAGGAAGGACUAAUGUUUCUUGUAUUCUGCCCCAGGCAGACUACCAGGAAUAGUGUGCUUAGUUGGGGGCAUCAUCUUUUUAGGAGUAUGUGGAUUGAUUGCAGAGUGUCUGGUGGAGCAUACUCUAGAACUCUGCCAAAGGAACCAAAAAUAGCCAGAAAAAAAGAAAACUUUUAAAGAAGGAUAUGAUGGCGAGCAGUCUUUGAUGGGCUUUGAUGAUAAUCAAAAAAAAAUGAUUAUUUUGCUUGACCUUAUGAGGAGCAGUGGAAUAUGGCACAGAGGCAGAUUUCAGCUCAAAGCACGGAAAAACUUCCUAAUUACAGCUUCCAAAGAAAUGGACUUCUUAGGGCAGUGAGUUCUCUGUCACUAAGGACAUUUGAGAAUACAGAAAGGAACACUUGUAGGAAAGAUUGUAGAGGGGUUUUUGUUUAAUGUUUUUUGUUUUGUUUUGUUUUGGUACUGACUGGAUUAGCUGCCCUUGAAGAUUCUGUGAUAUGCUCUAGGGGCUCUGGGAAGGGGAAAGCAAGGUGAGGACAGGCUGAAAGGUAGAGAAUGUUUGGGGCCCAACAGGGAAAGGUUUUUUUGGUAUGGAAUUGACCUAAGUCAAAAGGCCAACCUGGGGGUCCAGGUUCUGUUUGUGAGAUGAGCCCUUGGAUCUGAUACACUGAUGCUCCCUAGCUUCGCUGCUGAGAACUCUUCGCAGACUCCAUUUUCUAUUCUCCUCAGGAUCACCCU